AUGUCUGGACAGUUCCUUCCUUCCAAUCCUUCCCUCAUCUUCGGGGACGAUGUCCUUUCGCUCUCGUGCGCACCGCUCUUUGUGUGGCUGCUGGCGGCGGCGACCCUGUUAGCGCCUUCGCUGCAGUCCCAAAUCAUCAUCAUACGGCGCACCGAAGAAGUGCCCGACGAGGGCUGGACCAACGGCGUCCAGCGAGGCCGACAUCUACCGCCUCCGCCCCUGCCUAGACCACCGUCUUCGUGGGCGCCGGCCGGCUGGAACAACCACGGCUUUGUGGCGGCCCGCAGGGUCCAUCAGCCUUGGCACGUGGGACCCGUGCUGGUGGGUGCGGGAGGCGGCAUACCGGGAGGAGGGGUAGACUGGAAGCCUCUGUGGAUUCCGCUGGACGGUAGGCACGGCUGGAGGCCCCAGUGGCCUCCAAAGGUGCCGUCGUCUACGCCAACGCCAUCUUCACCUACACCGCCUUCAUCUUCACCUACACCGCCUUCAUCUUCACCUCCUCCUCCACCACCGCCACCGCCUCCGGAAGAACCCAAGCCUACAGCCGAGUCCAACCAACAGGAACCACCAGCCAAGCAGGCUGUGUCAACUGAAAGCCCUGGUGAUUCCGGUAAAAUCAAGGAACCAUAG